ACCGAUCAGAAGCCCCAUUGACAUUCAUAAUAGGAAAAAAUAAUAAUAUGGAAGUCAAUGGGUUUCUAAUUGGUGUGGUUACAAAAAAUCCUCAAAAUAUCUUUAUUUGUGUUCAUCAGAACAAAGAAAUGUAUACAGGUUUGUAACAAUGUAUAAGUGAGUAAAUGACAGAUUUUUGGGUGAACUGUCCCUUUAACGACUUCAAUUCUGUUUCAGCACUUUGGACAGGGACUCACUGAAUCGUUCCCAUGAACAAGGACACCAGCACUUCUUAUACAACUAAAUAUUUAUUACUCUUAAAGGAGGCAAAACUGAUAAUAAAUAAACAAUAGAUUAGUAUUUGGCCUGCCUUUGUUUACUCAGCGGAUUAAUAUGAACCCCGUGAAGCCGUACGUGUACACAAGUGUGUGAUGGUUUGUGCAGACGUCACGGCUUCAUCCCCCAACACCGCUUCCUGGGAUCUUCCGCUAUCCGUUUAGUGACAGGAACCCUGGACACACAUCCAUCGUUAUCCUGUAAUAAUGACUGACGUCCCAGCGCUCAUAAACAUCGCCAUUUCCCUGAAAAUACAACCCAACGAUGGACCCGUGUUUUACAAAGUGGACGGGACGAGGUUCGGUCAGAGCAGGACGAUCAAAAUGCUAACGGGGUCGAAAUAUAAAAUCGCGGUUAUUGUGAAGCCGGGUAAAGCAGAGGCCAGCACAAUGGGCAUUGGAGGAAAAACCUUCCCUUUGGAAGAGCUGUCCAGAGAUGAUGAACAAAUCGUCUACAAUGGCACCUAUGAUACUGAGGGUGUGCCACACACCAAAAGCGGGGACAGACAACCUGUGCAAGUCUCCAUAGAGUUUAAAGAUGCCGGCACGUUUGAGACAGUAUGGCAGGUGAAGUACUACAACUAUUACAAGAGAGAACACUGUCAGUUCGGCAACAGCUUCAACUGCAUCGAGUACGAAGCAAAACCCAAUGAGACCCGCAGCCUGAUGUGGAUAAACAAAGAGGUCUUUCAGUAAAACCUGAGCACAGCAACAACAGCAGUAGCAAACCUUCACACUAUGACCUAUAACAAUCAAAGGGUGACUGUACGUGAAACAGAUGACGUAACCGCCCUCAGUGAAACAAGCUGUGGAUAUUAAAGGCCCAGACAAGAGAUCUAUCAGUGUUUCUUUGUUCGCCUGUCAUUCAUUGUACCACUGUUUAUUGCAUGAUCUGAACAUUAAUGUCUUAAGUUGACAGAAUUUCUCCUUAUUUUAUCCUUACCAUGCUUGAGCUGGUGCACAUCGGAAAAAGAUGGACGAUAUAUACAGGAUUUGGUGUGAACGAGGCCAUUUGUACAACUAUGAUCUGCUCUGUUACGGUUACAAAAACAAUGAAGUUAACAUGAUGUGAAGGUUUUACUGCAGGAUUCAGUUUAAUUGUUUGCUGGUUGGUCUCAAAAACGCUUGCGUAUAAAGGUGCUGUAUGAACAUAGACUGGAUAUUUAUCACUCUAUAUAAGUAUGUAUAAUGUAAUAAUACAAUGAAAGACCAAUCAGUUAAUACUGUGGUCUUUUGCGACCAGCGCUAAUAUUUAUAUAUUUGUGACGAGUGUGUGAUUCUCUAUAGUAUGAGUAAAUGUUUCAUUAUUCCCCUUUGAUUUACUGUUGUUUACUAAUUAUAAUAAUGUUUAUUUUGCCUAACUCUUAAUGGCACAUGUGGUCAGGAAGUCAAAAUGAAUAGUGCUGUCACAACUACUCAUAAUUUGCUUGUUUAUUUGCUUGUGUUGUGCGUAUGUGUUGAAUUUCUGUUUUGAUUUAAGUGUGAAUAUGAGCCAAACUUUCACCUUUUUAAAAAAAAUAUAAACAUCAAUCUUGUUGCCCAAAUUUCUGUCAUGUUUGACUGAAUAUGUUAUAAAAAAAA